AGGCAGAAUGCAGGAAUCACUAGUGGCUUCUGAGGUCCAGCAACGUGCACAAUGGAGAUCAACAUGCUGAUCCUGUUCCUGGGGACUGUUGCUUUAGUAGCAGCUUCUCCACAGCUGGACUCCACUAACCAGCAGGCCGUGCCAUACAGCUUUGCCUACGGUGUGAACGCUGGAGACACAGGGGAUCGGAAAGAGCACAAGGAAACCGUUUCGCCCUCUGGUCUGACUGAAGGAGAGUACAGGUGGCUCCAACCAAAUGGAUUAUACAGGGUGAUUCGCUACACCGUUGACGGCACGUCUGGAUACCAAGCAGUUGUCAGUGAAGAAGAAAUAAGAGAGGAUGUUGCUACUUAUUAUACCAACAGCUUGCAAGAAUCUGGAUCUUCACAAGGCAGUCUCAGAAACUUUGGAAAUCAACAAUCUUUUAACAGUUUCCAGGCUGGAAAACAAAGAUCUGGCACCACAAGCACCUUUGGAAAUCAACAGUCAUUGGCCAGCUUUCAGAGUGGUAGCCAGAGAUUCUCGAAUGUUCAAGGUGGUGCUAACAGUCAAGGAAAUCAACGGUCAUUAACCAGUUUCCAGAGUGGUGGACAGAGAUUUGUGAACUCCCUAGGUGGUGCUAAUAUUCAAGGAAAUCAACAGUCACUGACCAGCUUCCAAAGUGGUAGCCAGAGAUAUGGAAGCUCCCUAGGUGGGGCUAAUAUUCAAGGAAGUCCGCAGUUAUUGACCAGCUUUCCGAGUGGUAGCCAGAGAUAUGGAAGCUCCCUAGGUGGUGCUAAUAUUCAAGGAACUCAACAGCCAUUGACCAGCCUCCAGAGUGGUAGCCAGAGAUUUGGGAACUCCCAAGGAAGUGCUAAUAUUCAAGGAACUCAACAGCCAUUGACCAGCCUCCAGAGUGGUAGCCAAAGAUUUGGGAACUCCCAAGGUAGUGCUAAUAUUCAAGGAAAGCAACAGUCAUUGACCAGCUUCCAGAGUGGUAGCCAGAGAUUUGGGAACUCCCAAGGUAGUGCUAAUAUUCAAGGAAAGCAACAGCCAUUGACCAGCCUCCAGAGUGGUAGCCACAGAUUUGGGAACUCCCAAGGUAGUGCUAAUAUUCAAGGAACACAACAGCCAUUGACCAACCUCCAGAGUGGUAGCCAGAGAUUUGGGAACUCCCAAGGUAGUGCUAAUAUUCAAGGAAAGCAACAGCCAUUGACCAGCCUCCAGAGUGGUAGCCAGAGAUUCGUGAGCACUCUAGGUAGUGCUAAUAAUCAAGCAAAUCAUCAGUUAUUAACCAGCUUCCAGGGUAAUGACCAGAGAUUCGAGAAUUCCCAAGGUAGUGCUAACAGUCAAGGAAAUCAACGGUCAUUGACCAGCAUCCAGAGUGGUAGCCAGAGAUUUGGGAACUCCCAAAGAGGUGCUAACCGUCAAGGAAUCCAGCAGUCACUUAACCUCCAGACAAAAAGCCAAAGAUAUGGAAACAGCAGAGAUUCUUCACUCCAAGGUUCUAGCAAUGCACAGAUUCAAAACCAAAAUCAGAAUCAAGGUAUUGCUGGCCAACAAAAUGAAACCCCUGAAGGUCGUCAAACUUUUGGAAACCAAGACGUGAGCAGUUCACAGAACUUCCAGACCCAAGGUUUGAGCAGCUCUCAAAAACCACAAAACCAAGCCUCCAACAACUUCCAGAGUUCACAGACUCUUGGAUUAAGUAACUUGCAAAGCCUCCAAAAUCAAGGAUUUAAUGCAGAACAGAGUCCUCAAGGCCAAUAAUUCAACAGUGCUCAGAAUUUCCAAAACCAAGAAUUAAGUGAUGUCCAGAACUUCCAGACCCAAGAGUUUAGUAAUUUGCAAGAUAAUCCAAACUUUGGUUUUGAUGGAGAUAUUAAUUCUCAGACCCAAAGUCAAGCAUUUGGUAGAGGAACGCAAAACUUGGGGGCUAGCAACUUUCAAAACAUCCAGGGACAAGGCUUCAGCAGCCAACAGAAUCUUCAAAACCAAGAUUUUCGUGGAAACCAAAAUUUCCUGAACACAGAUUCCACUCUUUCUCAAACAACCUUCAAUCAAGACUCCAACAGAGGUUCAGCACUUGCUAACAGACAAAAUUGCCUAAACAAAGAGCUCAGUGAUGCAGUACACUCUUCCCAAGCUCAAGAUUUCACCGGAUCUCAGAAUUUCCAAGAUCAAGGCUUUGGAGGCAACGUAAGCUUUGGUGGAGAAAUCACUAACAGUGGAGUAUUCUCCGGUGGAGUUGUAGACACAUUAUCCUCUACUGUUGGGUCUGGAGGAGAGUUGUCGUCCAGAGUUACUAUCAAUUCUGAUUCUACCAGUUUUGAUAACACACAAUACACAAAUGGUAGUAACGGCAGGAGUGUGUCUGUUGUGUAAGCUAGUCAUAAUCACAGUUUCAAGAACUGAUUGAACUCUCUCCACCCACGUGCUUUCUAACCCACUCUCAUUGUGAUAUCUUAGUUUUAAUGAAUUUGAUGUAUCCAAUAAGACAAUUAUUUGUUACUUGCUGGACUUGCAGUUAAUAAAAAUCGCCA